AUGCUCGAGAUGGGCACCUCUCAUGCUUCGAGUUGGUUGGGCACCUCUCAUGCCUCGAGUUGGGCACCUUUGAUGUUUCGAGUCGGGCACCUCUCAUGCUUCGAGUUGGGCACCUUUGAUGCUUGGAGUUGGUUGGGCACCUUUGAUGCUUCGAGUCGGGCACCUUUCAUGCCUCGAGUUAGGCACCUCUCAUGCCUCAAGUUGGGCACCUUUGAUGCUUCGAGUUGGGCACCUCUCAUGCCUCGAGUUGGGCACCUCUCAUGCCUCGAGUUGGGUAUGAGUUGGGCACCUCUCAUGCUUCGAGUGGGGCACCUCUCAUGCUUCGAGUUGGGCACCUUUGAUGCUUCGAGUUGGGCACCUCUCAUGCUUCGAGUUGGGUAUGAGUUGGGCACCUCUCAUGCUUCGAGUUGGGCACCUUUGAUGCUUCGAGCUCGAGGUGGGCACCUCUCAUGCUUCGAGUUGGGCACCUUUGAUGCUUCGAGUUGGGCACCUUUGAUGCUUCGAGUUGGGUGGGCACCUCUCAUGCCUCGAGUUCGGCACCUUUCAUGCUUUGAGUUAACCUCGAGCUGGGCACCCACCUUUGAUGCCUCGAGUUGGGCACCUCUCAUGCCUCGAGUUGGUCACCUGUCAUUUUUUGAGUUGGGCGCGUUUGAUGCCUCGAGUUGGGCACCUCUCAUGCCUGGAGUUGGGCAUCUAGCAUGCCUCGAGUUGGGUUUCCUUGAUGCCUCGAGUUGGACACCUCUGAUGCCUGGAGUUGGUUUCGUGCCCGCAGUUGGUUGCUUUCCUCUCCAGUUGGGCACCUUCGAUGCUUCCACUUCCACUUCGGCACCUCGAGUUGGGCACCUCUCCUGCCUCCAGUUGGGCAUCGUUGAUGCCUGGAGUUGGGCAUCUCUCAUGCCUCGAGUUGGGCGCCUCCAUGCCUCGAGUUGGGGACCUUUGAUGCUUCGAGUUGGGCACCUCUCAUGCUUCGACUUGGGCACCUUUGAAGCCUCGAGCUGGGCACCCACCUUUGAUGCCUCGAGUUGGGCACCUCUCAUGCCUCGAGUUGGGCAUCUAGCAUGCCUCGAGUUGGGUUUCCUUGAUGCCUCGAGUUGGACACCUCUGAUGCCUGGAGUUGGUUUCCUGCCCGCAGUUGGGAUCUCAAUCUGGGCUCUUUCGGAAAGCCGCAGCUUAGUGUGCGCUGGGCGCUUCGGCCCACCCGAUGGCAAAGAGGCGGAAACACCCAAUUCGCACCGCUCUCAAUUCUUGGACUUUCCUGGGAUCGAAGGCUACAAGGAAGCUACAGGCAUCGAUCUGUCCGUCAGCGCCUACGUGGCGCGAAAGGGCCAGGAACGGAAAGCCAUCGAAGGGCUGGCGGGACGGCCCGGCCCCAAGAGACAGGAAGUCUUUGAGGAGGAGUCCAUCGCUCAGAUCCUGAAGUAUGUGAAGGAAAAAGCCAAGGAUCCAAAGCCCUUCUUCAUCUACUGGGCCACCUAUUGUCAGCAACUGCAAGGCGUAUCCUCCCACUUCAACGAUCCUCACGUGGACCAUCUGAACGCCCAGGCCAGCAUGAUGGCGGCUCACAGUUCAUAUGUUACACGGCUCUUGGACACUCUGAAAGAGGAACAGAUUGCAGAGAACACCCUGGUAGUCUGGAUGAGUGACAACGGGCCCAUGUACGCCUUCUACCCCAACUCGGGCUAUUCCUGGCUCCGUGGCGGCAAGGGCCAGGUGCUGGAGGGCGGAGUGCGGACGCCAAGCAUGGCGUGGUGGCCUGGAAUGAUUUUGGCCAACCAGGAGCCAGUGGAUUUGCUGCACAUCACGGAUCUCUACACCACCGCAGCGCGGCUGGGUGGCGCACUGGACGCUAUUCCCGAAGAUCGAGUGGUCGAUGGAGUGGAUCAACUGCCGCUGCUCUUGCUGGGAGAGGGCCAUGGACGGAGAAAAAAGAUCUUUUUCUACAGUGCCUUG